AUGGCUUCAGUUGGUGUAGCACCUACUUCUGGAUUAAGGGAAUCAAGCAGCCAUGCUGUGGGGGUUGAUAGGCUGCCUGAGGAGAUGAAUGAGAUGAAAAUCCGGGAUGACAAGGAAAUGGAAACAGCAGUUGUUGAUGGUAAUGGCACUGAGACAGGACACAUAAUAGUUACAACUAUUGGUGGUCGAAAUGGCCAGCGUAAGCAGACCAUUAGUUACAUGGCUGAACGUGUUGUUGGGCAUGGAUCAUUUGGAGUAGUAUUUCAGGCGAAAUGCUUAGAGUCGGGCGAAACAGUUGCCAUUAAGAAGGUUCUUCAAGACAAGAGAUACAAGAACCGAGAGUUACAAACCAUGCGUCUUCUUGACCACCCAAAUGUUGUGUCCUUGAAGCACUGCUUCUUCUCUACAACUGAAAAAGAUGAACUAUAUCUUAAUCUGGUACUUGAGUAUGUCCCCGAAACCGUAAAUCGUGUUAUCAAACACUAUAAUAAGUUGAACCAGAGGAUGCCACUCAUAUAUGUGAAGCUGUAUUCUUACCAGAUUUUCAGAGCAUUGUCUUAUAUCCAUCGUGGUAUUGGAGUGUGUCACAGGGAUAUCAAGCCUCAAAAUGUACUGGUGAAUCCACAUACGCACCAGCUUAAGUUAUGUGAUUUCGGAAGUGCCAAAGUUUUGUUGGACGCCUUGACCCACACCUUUUUCGAUGAGCUACGUGAUCCCAACACCCGCCUGCCAAACGGACGAUUCCUUCCUCCGUUGUUCAAUUUUAAGCCUCACGAGCUCAAGGGUGUACCAGCAGAGACCCUGGUUAAGUUGAUUCCCGAUCAUGCUCGGAAGCAGUGUCCCUCCCUCGGUUUAUGA